ACCAACGAACAUAUAACAUUCCAACAGCUUCACAGGUUGCAGCCAUAUGGGUGGAAGGUCAUGAACCUAUAGAUUGCAUGAAACGAGACAUCAUUGUAGAAUCAAAGUCUAAUGGCUUGCAACGAGUUUCUAAAUUGA